AUGGGGAAAGUAGAGGGCGAGCAGCCAUUGCCAAUUACAGGUCUUGAUGCUCAGAGUGCAACUCCAAAUUCAGGGAACAGAAAUAGGAGUUGUUUGAAUUGUAGAAGGAUUAAAAAGGUGGUGACUUUUAGAUGUGUUUUUGUUUUGAUACUCGGUUUUGCAGUUCUUUUGUCUGCUAUUUUUUGGCUGCCAUUCUUUCACUUUGGAGAUAGAAAAGACUUGGAUCUGGAUUAUCAAGGUUAUAACAUAGUGGCAAGUUUUAUGCUUAAGCAGCCGGCUUCUUUUCUUAAAGACUAUAUCCUGCAACUUCGGGACAACAUUUUUGAUGAAAUAAGAUUCUCCACAACUAAUGUGGAAAUAUUAUCUUUACAACCAUUAGAUGGAUCAAACACAACAAAGGUUGUAUUUGCUGUCGAUUCUGAUGUGACGACCCAAAGUUUAAUAAGAGCCUCCUUUGUAUCUUUAGUUACAAACCAAUCAUUUUUUCAUUUAAGUACAUCUUUUUUCGACGAUCCAUUUUCUUUCGAGGUGCUGAAAUUCAAAGGAGGAAUUACUGCCAGUCCUGAACAGAAGGCGUUUCUUAUGCAGAAAAUUCAGAUCCUUUUCAACUUUACCUUGAACUUCUCCAUUGAUCAAAUACUAUAUAAUUUCGACGAACUUACGAGCCAACUGAAGUCGGGCUUACAUCUUGCUCCAUAUGAGAACUUGUAUAUUAGCCUGACAAAUCAUGAAGGUUCAACGGUAGCUCCACCCACAACAGUUCAGUCUCGAGUUGUCUUAGCCAUGGGUAUUAAUCCCUCAAAGUCGAGGUCGAAGCAGUUAGCUCAGACCAUCACUGGUUCUCGUACUGAAAAUCUUGGCCUAAAUCACACUGUAUUUGGUAGGGUUAAACAAGUUCGUCUUUCAUCCGUAAAUGUUACCAGUGAUGGAAGUGGUACCUCACCCUCACCCUCUCCAUCUCCUGCUUCUUCAUCAGAAUCUCGCCACCGCCACCAUCACCAUCACCAUCACCAUCACCAUCACCACCACCACCAUCACCACCACCACCACCACCAUCACCAUCACCAGCACCAUCACCACCAUGAUGCCAGUGUUGCUCCUGGUAUUUCACCUGCACCGGCAAUGGGAAAAAGUGGAUUUAUAAUGGGUAAAGUCUCCCCAGCAUCUACACCAGCGCCUACACCCGUGCCAAUGAAGAGUCGAGUAGCGGAGCCUCCCAAUUAUCAUUAUGGGUACAGAAAUAGAUUCCCCUUGAAGCCCAAUAAGAAUUCUCAUACAUCGCCAACUGCACCGCCGGUUUAUGUGCCUCGAGCAGCUCCUUCACAACCCAAGCACAUGUAUUCUCCGACACCUGAAAUACCUCCAGUUCCAGUUGCAAGCCCAUUACCAAAUGUCGCAUAUUCUCGUACUCAGCCCCCAUCAAAUGGUGAAUUCCAUGCAGGGCCUCCAGAUGUAAUGCCCUUAGUUUCAUCCUCAUCAUCUCCAUGUAUCUUUUCCUACCAUUUAUGGGCUCUCUUGCUGUUUCUACUCGUCGUAUUGCAUUUAUAG